UGAUGAUGUAGCAAUAUUUCGGCAUGCAUGCCAAAACCAGCUCCCUACAUGGCUUAACUUAAUAGAAUAAAGUGUGUCACUCACUCUAGGAUUUUGGAUAUGUUUUUGUUUGGGUCUUAGAGUAUAUUGUUUUACUUCAUUCCUCAGGAAAACAACGUCACGCCUUGCUUCAGUUUGCCAUGGAUAGUGUAACAGGGUUGACCAUCAAGAGUUUUGUAUUUCUUGAUUUCGAGACCAGUCAUCUGUUCCCAACACAUCGCCCCAAAAUCAUUGAACUUAGUUUGAUUGCCAUCAACCGUGCUGGUCUUCUUGACCAAGAUGUAAACACAUCUUUGUAUCUUGCCAAGAAUCAUGAGAACUCAACCUUUGAUUUAUCCAAGGUUUCGUUACCAAGAAUUGUUGAUAAACUGACGUUGUGCUUGGAUCCAGGAAAGAACACAAGUCCACAUUCUGCGCGUCUCACCAAGAUGGGUAAGCGCAAGCUCGAUAUAAACAAGAAGCUGCCUUUCGAUGAAGGUGUGGUCACCAUGCUUAACAUAUUCCUAAGCCGACAGGAUGCACCGGUUUGCCUGGUUGCACACAACGGGAUGAGAUUCGACUUUCCGAUACUGAGAUCAGAACUGUCAGGUCUAACCACGGGAGACCCCCCUGCAGAACUUUAUUGCUUGGACACCUUAAAGGGAUUCAGAGCAGGAUUUGGGGCAACCGAGACCAAGGGAGUAAAGAAGAAGAGAGAGUGGAUGAAGGACAAACAGAAUUCGGUUAAAAUUUCUGGGAUAGCAAACGUGACACAAGAUCGAACGUAUUUCAACUCAUCUGGAAUAACUUUUGCGCAGUCUCAGGAUAGAAGAUCCGGUGAUUUUUACCAUCGCACCAAUCAGAAUGGCGUAGAUAGAAGUUUACUUCAUAAUAUGACCCUUCACAAAUCUCAUGAUGCAAAGAUGAGUCUGUCGUCAUCCAGUGAGGCUAUGUCGCACCGACCAUCAACAUCUGAUUCUAGCGGUUACAAAAUUCUCCAUGAUUCUCCUAAAUCCAGUCCCAGAUGCUACAGUGCAACUGAAUAUCUCUUUAAUAGCAUAUCGCAAUCUUCAGCCGCAGCUUCUCUAACAAAACCCAAUCCAUCAUGUCAAACAAUUGCCCAAUCCGCAGAGAAAGCACCCGCACCUCCACUUCGUUAUUCUGCUUCUGCCAAUGUUGAAAAGAAGCAGACUGAGAACUUCGCAAGCCAGACCGGUUCUCCCCCAACACUCGGGAAAGCGCAAUCAGCGCCUAGUCGGCACACCGUCGAUGACCAUCCCCCAAAACGCCAAAGGGUCUCCUACUCUCUAGUGAAUAUCUUCAAGAGGACAUUCGAGAGGGAACCACCUCACUCACAUUCUGCAGAAGAUGACGUGGUGUCUCUGAUCAAGGUACUGCUACCGGUAAUAUCUGACUUCGUGUCUUGGGCUGAUGAAAACGCUUCGCCGUUCAAGGAUUGCAAACUGUAUUAUGACGUAUAGUCAGGGCCGGUGCAGGGGGGGGGGGGCAGGGUUGAUCGCCCACCAUCACUAAAGGAGAAAGUGAAGUAAAAAAAAAAAACAGGGCAAAAAUGUUUUCUGGAUCGCAUGCUCAUAUUUCCUGUUUGAAAGAAAAAAAAAAGAAUUUUCUUUGGGGACACUUCGCUGCCUAAUUUUCGCACCCCAAUUUUUUUUUCCAAUUAAUUUUACAAUCUGGGAAUCUUAUCAUUUUUACAUUGUAAAAUUAGCCAAAGCAAGCUAUGAAGGUAUAUUACUCUAGUGUUCAAUUUAAAAAAAUGUUCUUAAACGCUGUCAAAAAGAAGGAGGUUUUUGAUAUGUUCUAAAGUAGGGGGCUUAUCUAAUAAUGAGUUUGAAAAAAGCUUGCGCCAAAAUGAAAGGAACUUAUUGAUCUCAGCAUAGGUUAAUGUUAGUUAUACUCUUAUGCGUGAUUCCUUAUUAUGAUCUCAUGGUUAUUGUAAUGUUUCUUACAUUAUAAAGGGGGAAUGCACAAUAAUAUUUAGCUUUUAUUGAAGAACCUGACCAGGUAUUUUACUAGCCACAUGGGCGGAUCCAGGGUUUUUCGAAAGGGGGGGGGGGGCACAUUUUCCCCAGGAAAAAAAAUGACAAGAAAAAAAAUGGUUUUAACCCAAAAUUGAGGGGAUUUCGUCCACGAAAAGAGUUGACAACCUAAAAUAAAGAGUCUUCACUUCCAGGGGGGACACUUCUGUUUUAACGGCAUUUUACAUUACAAAUUUUAAUUGCGCCUCUCAAAGGGGGGGGGGGGAGCACAGCCGGCCCGUGCCCCCCCCCCCCCUGGAUCAGCAACUGGUUAGCCACACCAAUCAACAUGUCAGUCAUGACUAUUUCUUCAUGUUGACAGUUACUGUUCAAUGUCUUAUAGUAAAAUUAUAGUAAAAAGUAAUUUUCUUAAUUCUGAGCAUUUUUAGAGUCAUUUUCAGUUGGGAAAAAGACUCACAUAAAAAAGGCUGGUCAAAUUGUCAAAUUAUUAUUCCAUAUUUGUGUAUCACAGCAAGAUCUUGAGGGUAGGCCUAAUUAAACAUGAAUAAUCCCCAGCCAUAUAAAAUGUUACAAUCGUAGAAUUAAUUUAUUUCGACAUCGUAAUGAAUUAAUUUAAAAAUCAAAUCAUUUGAUUGGGAGCAUUCAAUUUAAAGUGUAUUUUUCGCCUAAUCCAUGCAUGCAUUUUUUACACCCUUGACAAAAAAGUGAUGGUAUUUAGUGACAUCUUAAAAAUAACACUUCAGAGUAGUUUUCAAUAAUAAAAAAAGAUCGUUCAAUAAUUUAGAAACAUAAUUUUGACAGCUUUUCUAAAAUUGUAACAUUUUUUUAAUUAUUUGAACUGAAUAGGCCAAUUAUUCUUUUCGAGAAAUUGAUAAGCUUAUUGUUUAUGUUUUAGGAGAUAUUAAUUGUAUGGCUCAGAGAAAACUAUUUCAGAGCUUAUGCGAAAAUUUGCGAAGCUAUAAUCUAUGCAAAAAAAGCAAUCGUGUGUUAUUUCGAAAUAGUUAGCUCAUAGACUGCUCACUGUUCGGCUCGGUGUAAAAAUGGCAGAGGUAAAAUUGGCAGAGGUAAUAAUGGCAGAGGUAAAAAUGGCAGAGGUAAUAAUGGCAGAUGUAAAUUUGCAGAGGUAAAAAUGGCAGAGGUAAAAAUGGCAGAUGUAAAAUGGCAGGGGUUAUAAUGGGAGAGGUAGAAAUGACAGCUCUAGGUAAAAUAUGGCCAGUCUUAAAACCCCAUGCAAUGAAUUGUCAAAAAGCCCCCGCAUGUACAUACAUUAAUUAAGAAGUGCAUGUCACGGUUAGGCAUUUCAUCAUCAUUAUGUCUUCAUCGGCCUAACAAUGCUAUUUACAAAUUCGUUGGAGGUGUACCGUGAACGCUUUUUAAAAAGAAAUAAAACCACAUAUUUUUUCAUUCAAUUUAUCAGGAGCAAAAUGAAACUGCACCAUUCUCAUUCAUCAUUUUAUAACAUUCCUUUUUGUCUGGCUGUUUUUUUAUAUCUAAAGUUUUGCCUUUUUUACCGAUGCAAAAAGGAGGAAGAGUAGACAUAAGAGAGGUGGAGAGACAGAGAAGGUUAGGGGGGCGGGGAAAAACAUAGAGAACAUAGCGGGGAAAGCUUAUAGACGUUGCAAAUUGCCAUGAAUGAUUGUGGUUAAAUAUUAUGUCAUUAUUUGUAAUGUCGUCUAUACUAUUCUUUUAAAAUAUUUGAAUGACAAUAUACGCAUGCGUUCCCAGGCUUGGCACUGAAUAUGUAACCGAUUAUGAAACUCAAUAAUAAUCUUGUUUUGACUGGUAAACCAAUUUGGGGUUGAUCGAGGAAGACCGUCUGGUUCAGAUUCUUUGCAUAAAAGAAGACCCUGAACCUUUACCACUGCAUCCAAUAUGAUAUAAACGCCUUGAUGGUCAUAACUCCGUAGCGUUGGUGAUCGCAUUGUUCGGGUGCUCGUGGCCGUCUCAUUGUUUGUCCGAUUUUUCUUAGGCUUUCGUUGGUCUGUUUCUUUGAUUUUUCUGAUUUCACUCGGGCUAUUUUGUUCUAAGGGUUUCAUUCUCCUCUAAUACUUAUCAUAUGAAGCAUCAUUGUGAAAGGUUGGGGUGGUGUUAUCAGAUUAUCUUGCCGUAAUUACUUAACUAGUUCGAACUGAAUUUCAUUUUUUUAAUGUCAUAAUAUAAUUAUUUACAGUAUUUUUUUAAUCAUAUUUUAGUAGCUAAGUUUAAAUAUUUAUAUGUAUUUUGCAUCAUGAUAUUAUUGUAACUUUAUAUGUUUUUUUUAUCCCUGUUAAAUCAGGACAUUGAUGUAAAACAGCAAUGUAGCUGAUCUUUUUAUCCUGAAUAAAUAUUUUCUAAUAAAUAAAUAAAUAAAUAAAA